AUGGAUGCUUCUGAAAGGUCUGGAAAACACACAAUUUCAAAGGCGAAGAAUAAGGUUUCUUAUAGCAUAUACAAACAGAAAGGCCACAACAAGGCUACAUGCAGUCAAGUUCCAUGGUCAACCAAAACAAAUGAGACAAAGAAACAAAAGAUUAUACAGACACAGGAGUCUGUGAAUAUAAGACCACAAAGUAGGGAGGAUGAGGUCAUGGUUGAGGCAGGUGAGGAAGUGAUCAGGACUAGUAAGGAUCGGAAAGUGUUGGGAGUCAAUGCAGAUACGAAAGGGGUCAGGGUCAAUGCAAGGGUUCAUCAUGGUCACAAUGUAAGAUCACCAACCACCAGGAAAAAGUCUGAACGAAUCAUUAAAUUUAAGCUUUCUAAAAGAAUUAAAGGUGAAGGUAGCAGUGUUGGAACGGCCAUGGAGUUGCAUUGGUUAAUGUUUUUAUUUAUUGCUUGUGUGUGUGUUACUUAA